UCCCCCCCCCCACCCGGCCGGAGAUCCUAUUCCGAGCGACUACGUUGGUUCGAUCCUUCAAACUCCCUGCGGGUUGCUGAGUUUUGAACUUCCGAUCGAGGCCAGCGCGCUCGGGAAUGGUGCCGGUUCGGUUGUUCUUGCAGGGAGUUUGGGUAUUUGGCAACUUAUAACGAACAAGAGAAGCAGAUUUGCUUUUUCUAUUGUCGAUUCUUAGAUCGGAAGAUGGAGGCGAGUCCGGCUCUGAGCUUGCAAUCCUGCUCUUGGAUCGGUACGGAGAAGGUCGGACGGAAGACUGGCGGCUUCGCCAGGCUCUCCAACCGAUGCUUGGAGGAGCGCAAGGUCGCCAUGGUUCGAUUCGGGGAUCCACGGAGGAGUGGAGCUUCGAUUCGCACCGGACAUGCUGAGCGCAACAUUUUUUGUUGUCACAAGAAGCCAUCAGGCUCAGAGAACUUUCACAACUCAUUUGAUGAAGCUCUCGUAUUGAAGAGGAAGUCAGAAGAAGUUCUUCCCUACAUGAGUGGGCGUUGUAUCUAUCUUGUUGGGAUGAUGGGUUCUGGUAAAAGCACUGUAGGCAAGAUCUUAGCAGAAGUGCUACGUUAUUCUUUCUUCGACAGUGACAAAUUGGUCGAACAGGCUGUUGGUGUAUCUUCUGUUGCCCAGAUAUUUGAGGAGUAUAGUGAAGCCUUCUUCAGAGACAAUGAGAGUGAGGUCUUAAAGGACUUGUCUUCAAUGCGCCGUUUGGUUGUCGCAACUGGUGGUGGUGCCGUAAUUCGUCCAAUCAACUGGAAAUAUAUGAAACAGGGGAUUACAAUCUGGCUAGAUGUUCCUCUGGAAGCUCUGGCUAGGCGGAUUGCUGCUGUAGGGACUGCUUCGCGCCCUCUUUUGCAUCAAGAACCUGGUGAUCCAUACACGAAGGCUUUUGCGAAACUCACUGCACUCUCCGAACAAAGGGGCAAGGCAUAUGCAAAUGCUGAUGCAAGAGUAUCCCUUGAACAUAUUGCAGAUAAAAAGGGCCAUGGGGAUGUUCAUGCGCUUACACCAACGGAUAUUGCGUUUGAGGCACUAACACAGAUCGAGAGCUAUGUUAUCGAGAAUGCAGCUGCUUUGAAUCAUCGUUUCAUUCUGGGAUGAAAUGCCCAGAUCAUCCCUGCCUCUCUACUGUAUCUCAUGUCUUUGCUUAUAUCCAUUACAUAAAAUCUUUUUGUUUAUUGAAGAUACGAACCUGCUCAGUUGGAGUCCUGUAAAUGAAUAAGCACGUAAUGAAAAGCUUGCAGUCCAAAUGCACCCAAA